AUCACUACUACCGCCACCACUGUCCCCGUCCUAAGCGGCCAGCCCACCAACCAGCUCCAUCUCGACUUCAUCUCGGACGACCGAGAACUCACGCGCAUCCUAACCCAGGAGGCCUACGCGCACGAGGUGAAGGGUGUGCCCGGCGUGUCGCGGUACCACGGCACACGCAUCGCGUCCAACAGCCCCGUCGAGGAUCAUUUCCUGCACGGGACCUUUUCCUCGCCUCGCAGUCCGAACUGGAUGGCCUGGGGUGUGUUUGACGGCCACGCAGGCUGGCAGAUGUCAGACCACCUGACCCGCCAGCUCGUGCCCUUUGUGCGCCAUCACCUCGCAGCAGCAGCAGCAGCAGCAGCACAGAGCCUCAACACCAGCACCAGUUCCGACACCGACCCCAACAUCGACGCCGCCAUCAAGGCCGCCUUCCUAGCCCUGGAUGACGCCGUCACAAGCCAGGCGGCCGCGGAGGAAGUGGUGCGCAGCCAGGACCUCUCCUUUGCAGAGCGAGCCGCCAGGCUCGGCCUCGCGAUGGCUGGAUCCUGUGCGCUGCUGGCGCUGUAUGAUCCCGAGACUCGCCGGCUGCGCGUCGCUAACUUGGGGGACUCGCGCGCCGUGUACGGGCGGCCCUCAUCCUCGUCGUCGUCGUCGUCGUCAUCUCGUAGUGAAGGAGGCGAUGCAGCAGUAGGAGAAGCGUGGACGGCCGAGGCACUGACGGUCGAUCAGACGGGCAGCAACGAGGACGAGGUGGCGCGGAUCUACAGGGAGCACCCUGGCGAAGAAGGCAUCGUCGCGGACGGCCGUGUGCUGGGGAUCAUGGUGUCACGGGCGCUAGGAGACGCGCGGUGGAAGUGGGAUGCUGCGCUGCAGAAGGAGGUUGUGGAGAACUAUCUGUUCAGAGAGUUGCCGGCGCGGUAUCCCUUGAAGACGCCGCCGUAUUUGACGGCUGAGCCGGUGAUCACGACGAUGCGGGUCGAGAAGGCAGAAGGAAGGCCGAGUUUUGUCAUUCUUGCCUCGGACGGGCUUUGGGAUUGUGUUAGUAGCGAGCGGGCGGUGCGUUUGGUCGGGAACUGGAUCGAGUGGCGGAGGGCUGGGGCGCCGGCAGGAUGGGAGAAGAGGAAGGAGAAGAAGAAGAAUAUUGAGAAGGGAGAUGAGGUCGAGAAAGGCUUUGGGAGGUUCGACGUGAAGCAGGAGAUUGCAAAGGAUGGUGACGAGACGGAUACGUUCCGGGAUGACAACGUCGCCGUGCAUCUGGUCAGGAAUGCGCUGGGCGGAGCCUGGUCUGAGGCCCUGGCCGCAAGGCUGACGUCGCAGGUGCCGGUGUCGAGGAACAUGAGGGAUGAUGUGACUGUGCAGGUUGUCUUCUUUGAU